AUGGAGCAGAUGUCCAGCAGAGGGGAGUGCGUCCACCCUCUCGUGCCCCUCCUCCUUUACAGCGACAGACUCCUCCCCCCUUCCCCUCCUUACAGCGGACCAAUCGGUGCAGCCGCUUCCAAACAAGCUGACGCCCACUCCUUAGGGGCAGACACCUGUUACCAUGGCAACGGCAUCAACAGACAGACGGUGAAGAAGCCUCUGAACGCCUUCAUGCUCUUCAUGAAGGAAACCAGACACAAAGUUCUGCAGGAAGGACGCGAGAGAGAAAGUGCCGCCAUCAACCGCAUCCUGGGACGCAGGUGGCACGCUCUGUCUCGCUCUGAACAAUCUAAAUACUACGACCUGGCCCAGAAAGAGAGGCUGCUCCACAUGCAGCUUUACCCCGGCUGGUCCGCCAGGGAUAACUACGGUAAAAGGAAGAGGAAGAGGAGCCAAGAGCCGACAGGAAGCAGUCCCAGGUCGAGACAAAACAGCAAAUAA